AUGAAACCGAGGCAGCGUAAACAGUACUUCAGGAACAUGAAAAGAUCGGAUGACAGUGAGAGGGAAAAGAGGAGAAAGAGACGGAGGCUUAUACAGGAACUGGGAGAGCAGAGGAUUCCCUACCUUUCUCCGGCUGACCCAGGAUUUCAGGAACUGUGGGACUCCAGUUAUGCAGGACUGGCUUUACGACAGUGUAGUGUCCUGCCAGACGGUCUCCAUGAGAGGGUGCAGUCUGCUUUGAUAACUCUUCAGCGGCGUGGAUGUCUCCUCCGAGAUCUUGUCCGUGUACGAGACCGGGACGUCUUCACAGCCGUUUCGCGUGCUCUCGUGGGUCAGCCGGGCUACACAUACCGUUAUCUGGACACCCGUCUGUUCGCCAUCCCUUGGCACUGUGAGGGAGAAGAAGGCCAGAAAGACGAGAAUGGGAAACCUUGCUGUGACUCUGACCUGAGGGACGCUUGCAAAGCAUUUUGGGAGCUUAAUCAGUUUUUUUGCUCAGAUGUAAGGCCGCAGACAAAUGCGAGAGGCGUCAAGCGAUCCCGCAGUGACACCGAAAACAGUGAAGACACACCAGGGGAGGGGAUGUGCGAAGAGAGUGUUAAGGACAGGUUACUUGAGGAGAAACAGGAGAAAGAGAAGAAGGAGGAAGAGGAAGAAGAAAGCAUUCAGGGCUGCUCUUAUUCCUCACCUCCUUCAUCCACUCCGCCACCUAAUGUGGGCCAUCUAGUUCAGUUUAACAUUACUCUCAUUAACUACAUGGACCUCACAGUAAUGACCCAGCUGAAGGAGGAGCCCUAUUAUGGAAUGGGCAAGAUGGCGGUGGGCUGGCAUCAUGAUGAGAACCUGGUUCCUCUGUCACCAGUUGCUGUCUACAGCUAUAGCUGCCCAGCAGAGCCAAAGAAUGAAGGGGUGACUGAAAAGGACGGGGAGGGACAGAGUAAAGACAAAGAAAAAGAGACAGAAACAGAAGGUGAAGGGACAUGUAAAGACAAACUGAAGGAAGAAAGAGAAGGUUUGGAAAAGGAGGAAGUGCAGAAAGAGAAGGCUUGUUGGCGUGUUGGACUGAAGGUGGCCUGGGACAUCCACACACCAGGUCUGGCUUUGCCUCUCCAGUCUGGAGACUGCUACUCUAUGACAGAUGAUCUGAAUCGGACACAUCAGCACUGUGUACUGGCUGGUGACAUGGCUAGAUUCAGCUCCACUCACAGAGUCGUUCAGUGUUGUACGGGAACGCUGGACUAUAUACAGAAACGCUGCUCAGAGGCCUUGGAGAAUUUACAGACCGACCCUGAGAAAAACACCAAGAGCCUGAAGUCCCUGCUCCCCUCCACCCUCCAGCACACGGAGGACAUCCACAACGAGGUGGAGUUUGAAUGGCUCAGGCAAUACUGGUUCCAGGGCCGACGUUACGCUCGAUUCUGCAGCUGGUGGAAUAAACCCAUGGAACAGAUGGAGAAAGACUGGAAGGAAAUGGAGCAAAUGACUCAGCUGCUGCUGGAUGUGGUGGAGGAUGAGAACACGGCACAAGAGAUCAGAAGAGAGAUGGCAGAUGUUUUACUGAAUGCCCUGACGGACAGACAGCAGCACAGACAGACAUGGAGGGACAGAUGCCAGUCAAGCCUGGCACAGACAUUGCCUGCUGAGGAAGCACCUGCCGACCGACCCUAUUGGAGUAAUGAAGAUCCUGACAUGCCUCUCCCCUUUGACCUCUCUGAAAUCAUCAACCGCGUUGAGUCACUUCUUUGGAGGAUGUAAGGUAUUAGCAAAGGAGGGAGAUAAAUGGAGAGAAAGAAUGUUAUGAGGUGGAUGUUAAGAGAUAGAGGCCGGGAUUGGAGAUAACAGGUGACAUAAAAACAAUACAACACACACCUGUUUGGUUUCUCCUUUCCGGUCCAUCUUUGCCUGAAGACCAACAUUCACCAUCACACACACCACACUGAGAUCCACUGGGAUGAAUGGACGGAUAUAAGGAUGGACACAGGGGUGGAUACGGGGAGCUAUCUGGACGGGACAUUUUAUUUCCUAUUUCCAUCAGUAUCAUUUACUAUCACUUUAACAGAGUCUGUAGUGUUACAAUACACAUGUAUAGACACAUAUCAGUAGUAGCAUAUGAUACCUAUUCAUAAAUAUACGUAUAUAUAUCCAUAAAUAUAUGUAUGUUUUAGUUCAGUUCUCCAUAUAUCCUCUGAAGUUUUUUUUUUUUCUUUCUUUGGACAGGCAUUAUAUAGAUGUAUACAGUAUACACAGUUCACUUCUCCUCUAUGUGUGUGUGUGUGUGUUUGUCUGCUUGCCAUCUUUUGAGGGGGAAAGUCAGUAGGAAUAAAAUAUGACAUCGUGGGGGUGUAUGACAUCAUUAACGGGUGUCAUAUGCGUGCCGUUGCCUUUCACCUGGCGUAUUGUCUAGGGAUUUAGUGUGUUUGAAUUUGCCCGAAGUGUGUUUGAAUGUUUGUGCGUGCAUCCGUCUGACUGUUUGUAGGGAGAAGGUAAAGGAAAAGUUGUUAGACUGACUUUGUCGAUGAUGUUUGUCUGUAGAGGUGCAUGUAGGUACGAGACACGCACAUGUGUAUGUAAUCUUUAAGACGGUUUUAUUUCUGUGUGACUGAAUAUGAAUGUGUGUGUGUGUGUGUGUGUGUGUGUGUGUGUGUACGUAAGAUGUUUCUCUCCCAAGCCGAGUAUUGUUAAUAGGCGCCUCUUACUGUGGUCUCCCAGAGAACUUACACCCCUUGCGUCACAUAAUUCUCACAGCUCAUUGGCUCCAGCCUGUGUCUGAAAUGCUGCCAGUUUCGGGAUGAAUGCACUCAAACAUCUUUAAACGAUUGUAGGAUGAAGAAAAGCACAGAUGUCCUCUAAACAAAUGAAGGAUGAAUGAAAAAGGGAUGACUGUGUUUUUUUUUUUUUUUUUUUUUUUUUUACUGUUUUUAUUUUUAUGUUUUUCUAUGUCAUCAGUGUUAAUGAAGAAGACCCCUAUUGUAGUAUUCACUGAAGAUGCUUUAAUGUGUUUUAUACUUUUGAAGUUUAAGAGUUGUCAUUGGUUGCCAAAUAUUGUGUUCUUGCUGAGUAAAUGCUGUGAGGUUGAUAUAUAAAUAUAAAUAUAUAAUCUUUCUUUCAUUGUGCUUUUUUUUCUGUAUUCUUUCUUUGGAGUGCCACGAGCUCCACUGCUUUUCUGAAAGCGUGUAUGUGCAAAGCACUAGUUAUUAUAGAAAUAAAAUACAAUGCUGGUUUAUCAA